UUUAAGCCGAAAGGUGACGCUUGAACGGUGUGUGUACAAGCACACACACACACACACACACACGCAAACGCAAGACGGACUUGAUGAGACGCGUUUGCACAGUGGAUCAGUCUUCUGCAUCAAACUCGAACACCUUGAUCUGUGCAUGAAGGAGCCCCUGGUUCUCCUCUGCGAGUGUUUUCUCUGGUGGUGCACAGUAGUUGAGGCUCUGCCAUGCCCAGGGCGUGACCCAUCGUGUUACCUUCUCCUCCUUCAUCAUGAAGCUGAAGCAGCGUGUGGUGGUGCUGUGCGGUGUGCUGCUGUUGCUGGGCCUGGCCAAGCUUUUCCUGCUGGAUGGAGGCGAAGGCUCAGCUGCCAGCCGCCGUGACCUGCGUGCCUUCCGCAAGAUGGAGGCCAGCCUAGCUCUGGCCAAGAAUGCCCGUCUUACACACACGUUGCAGUCACCGUGGGAGGUGGCGGCACAGUGGGUGGGGCCACGUGAGGUUUACCCAGAUGAGACCCCUGAGCUGGCCGCUGUACUCAGUGCCUUGACCAGCGCCCGAAUCCAGAGAGCCGACGUCGGCUAUAAAGGCACCCAGCUUAAAGCACUUCUGGUGCUCGAUGGAGGACAGAAGGUGGUGUUCAAGCCCAAGAGGUACAACAGAGAUUAUGUGGUUGAAGGAGAGCCCUAUGCAGGCUACGACAGGCAUAAUGCAGAGGUCGCUGCUUUUCACCUGGAUAGGAUCCUAGGCUUUCGGAGAGCACCUCUAGUGGUGGGGAGAUUUGUGAACCUCCGCACAGAGAUUAAGCCCGUUGCAACGGAGCAGCUGCUGAGCACGUUUCUCAUGCACGGGAAUAAUACCUGCUUCUUUGGGAAGUGUUAUUACUGCCGGGAGAGUGAACCUGCAUGUGCUGAGGGCGACAUCAUGGAGGGGUCAGUGACGCUCUGGCUUCCUGAUGUCUGGCCAUUGCAGAAACACAGACAUCCCUGGGGACGCACAUACAGAGAGGGCAAACUCGCCAGGUGGGAAUAUGAUGAGAGUUACUGUGAAGCAGUAAAGAAGAUGCCUCCAUACGAUGCGGGUCCGCGCCUCUUGGACGUGAUCGACACGUCGAUUUUCGAUUACCUGAUCGGCAAUGCAGAUCGGCAUCACUACGAGAGUUUCCAAGACGACGGUGGAGCCAGCAUGCUCAUUCUACUGGACAAUGCGAAAAGUUUCGGGAACCCAGCUUUAGAUGAAAGAAGCAUUCUGGCUCCUCUCUAUCAGUGCUGCAUGGUACGCGUGUCCACUUGGAACAGAUUAAACCUGCUGAAGGGCGGGGCUCUGAGUUCAGCGAUGCGUCAGGCCACGGCCCACGACCCAGCCCACCCAGUUUUGACUGAGGCUCACCUCGCUGCACUCGACCGGCGUCUCAGCGGCAUCCUAGCCAACAUACGCCAGUGCAUAGAGAUGCAGGGAGCAGAGAGCACACUUAUCGAAGACCGCAUGAACCUCCCUCACCCCUAAACGCGAGACAGAGCGUACGAGAGAGGGGGGGGAUUGGUAGCAUUUUCAAAUGAAUUGAAUGCUGCCUGUCAGUGCAGACUCAUGCCUUCAGAGGCUCACUUCCUGCAUUGCAAGAAGACCUUAAAACUGUGGGAAGUUACCUCAACCCAAGCAGGAAGUCGUCUCAUAACGCAGUAACAUUGGUGCAGACCCUUGUUUUUCCACAAACCAAAAAUGUUAUUUUUCUCAAAUUUACACACACACACACACCUUUCUAAACUUUUUUCUGUCUACAUUCUUCACAACAUGGAUCCACACAGUACCAAUGUGUUCCUAUUUCCUUGCAAUGUUCUUACUUGGCCUAAUAUUUUUUUUUUUCCUAUGAUUUUCUCUCUCUCGCUGUCUCCAAUUUUAACAAGCGGCCUGAAAUGGUGACAUCGCCUGGUCCUGUACGGGCUCAGGGACAUUCCAGAGCAGCUGUAGGGACGUUCUCAGGCCCGGGCUGCCCCAUACUGUAUAUCAAGGGGAGCACCAGUAAAAUUUUGCCACUGACAUUAUAAAUCAAAGCAUUAACAGACUUUUGGCGGAUAGCCUACCAAAAAAAAAAAAAAAAAACACAAAAAAAAAAACCAGAUUGUACAUAAGCAACUAUUUAAUGACGAUAUUGAAA